ACUAUUUCAAGGACUUUACUUUGCUAUGCACAAUGCACAGCGAUGAGCACCCUUUAUCCUUGGAACUAGCCAGUUUGAAAGCAGCUGUAUCCAGAUUUCAGGAUGAAGCUCAUAGCGCCUCUGUGAAAUUGCAGAGGCAAGCCCUGAAUACCUCCAACUCGCACGAGAGACUCAUACAAUUGGAACGCGAAAAUGCUGUACUCAGGUCGGAACUCAGUGUUCUUCGAGCUAAUCCACAUCCAGAUACUUCCGAAUCUCAUCCAGCGGUUCUCCAAUCACAAGAAUUGACGCUGUCGUUAAGGAGGCUGUCGGACAAAUUAUCGCUCACAGAAGAUGCCCUACUGGAGCGUACGACCGAACUCGCCCAUGCGAACGCGGAGCUUACCAAGGCAAAAGAUGCUGCAGAAGGGGCAUAUGCUUUGGCUGCGAGAAUCCGAGGGAGGGAGGAGGAUGGCAAAGUUCGGGAAAGGGACUUGGAGAAGCAGCUCAGAGAGGCACUGGAGCACAACAAGAUGUCCGACCUCGUUGUGAACGAGUAUGCUGAUUACGUUCGCUCACUCGAUGGGAAGACAUCCAUGUCGCCCCGUUUACCGCCGAAUACAAGUCUUUCCGAAGCAAAGUCUGGCAUCCAUAAGCUGUUCGACGACUUUUCUUUGGAGUCCGAGGAGCUGAAAGCCAAAGUGGAUCACCUCGAAGGCGAACUUGCCACUGUGCUUUCCAAGUAUGAGGUGGAGAUGAGAAACAAGGAGAACGAUAGGGUAGAACUCGCGAAAGCACUGGCCGAGCUAGAGAAGUUGAAACUGGAAGAUAAUUCGGCCGCAAAAAUGGUGUCAAGAUACAUGAAAUUCUCGCAAUCGGCUACGAACCGUUUGCAGGCUUCACUUGUAUCCAUGAAGGAAAGACAUGCUGCGACGGUCAAUACUCUGAGUACACAGAUAUCUGUACUGUCUUCCCAACUCGAUCAGUCCCGUGCCGAUACCGAGAAACUGAGGCUUGCGCUGGACGAAGUGGGUGGGGACGUCAUGCGAGAGGCAUUCGGUCGCCGCAGAGAGGUUUCGUUAAGAAUUCGGAUGGUUGCUCGGGAAGAGAGCAUCGAGGAGUGGCUUCGGCGGUGGGCGUUACGUGCUGAAGAAGGCAUCGAACGAGGAGAUGACGCGAGCACGCUUUUGGAGAGGAUGCUUCGUGAUGCUCACGCGUUUGCAGCAGACCUCAAUGGCCCCUCCGAGUCUAUGGGCCGGAUCAUUGUGACUGAGAAUGCCGUAGAAACUUUGGUUGAAGAGUUACGGACACAAACUGCUCGGAGACUCGAGUUGGAGAAGCUGGUUGUGGUGCCUCCCACUCCGGCUCAUCAGAAAAAUCUCCCUGAACCGCCAGCUCCGGAAGAGAUGAGAGACGACCCUGAAGAGGACAGGGCAGCAGAGAAAGCAGGGGAAUCGGAAUCUCCCCAGGACAAAUCGAAGAUGAUAGACAUUCACCAACCUUCUCCUCGUCUAGCGUCGCAGUCCAUAUCUGUCUUCGAUGAACUUACUCCUUCCGAAUCCUCAUCUUCAUCCUCCACUUUGAUUGCAUCAGAUCCCGUACCGUUUCCGACCAAAGAUGAUCCGUCUUUACUUGCAGAGCUCAAGCAGGUUAGUCGGCGUUACGAUGAUAUGCAACGGGCCUUCCGUGAUUGUCAUCACGCACUCCAAGAGCUCAAGAACCAACUAUCGGCGACCAACUCCAGUCAGGUCCUUUACACGGCAACGGAACGGCUGAACGACUAUGCAGAAGACGCUCGUGUCGAACUGGAAAUCCGUAUCGCCGAUGAGGCUCUUCUCGUGCACGGGUUCGAGACAAUCCUAACUGUUCCCGGAGCGCUAGCCGAUAAAUCCGGAGAGUCGCCAACCUUGAAGGAGGUGGAAGCGCAAAUUGACGCGUUCAUUUCGGGUUCUGAUCCAGCUGUAAAGAGAGCACAGCAGAUUCUCUCUCAGAAGCUAGAUGAUAUACAGCAUGAUAUUGCUGCUAUCAAGCGAGCUAUACAUGAUCCCGACCUUCUUUCGCCUAUACCCCCAUCUCCUUCCUCUGCUGCUACUGGAUGGAUGUCCUGGACAUCCCGUCCCUCGAGUCCCUCUGCUACGACAUUCGGGAGCGUCAUGACCAAUCCGAAGCUGCGACAAGCGCAAUCUAUGAACUUCCAGACGCGAAAGGAUCCCUACACAAAUCUGGGCCUGCGUGUGUCGAUGCCUCUCUCCCCGCCUGUUUCUUCGGUGUCCGUGGAGAAUCGGGGACCGAGGCCAAGAACUUUGAGUGCCAUGUAUAGCCUUGGCCUAGCGAGAAACGCGAGCGGGACGUUGGGUGGUGGGCUUAUUCCGCCCACUCCUUCGCGGGAGAGUCAUGUAGAGGAGACAGAGGACGAGGAUGACGACGACGACGUUGAAUGAAAUAUUACCUGUGGUUAAAGAAACGGGACAUUUAUACUAUAGGAUAAUUUAUUCGUAGAGUUAUUGUAUUUGGAAGUGCGUAGUUGGUGUUGGUGUUGGCACCGGCACAAGGUCCCAAUCAGGAACGGCCGGGUCCAGUCAUUGAUUAUAAUUACAAACAUUCGAGGAAGUAUGCGUAUAAAUUCCAGUAGAAAACAUUUUCAGGAAUCAGUACUUGUUGAGGAUAGAGGUUUCACCAGCCACCGUAUUAUUUUACAUUAUUUUGACCGUCAUUACUCGAGCUGCCG